AUGGCUCUCAAUACACAAUCUCCCCUUCGUCCCUCAUCAGCGACAACAGAUCAUGAUCGCGUUGGGAUGGUGACACAUGGUGUACAUCCUGUAACUGAAAGCCCAAAUCACCAGUUGACACCAGCAGCGGCAUUUCGGAACAAGUACUAUCUAUCACAACAACAACAGCAGCGACUGGAUGAGGUAUCGUCUACACCAGCGACAGCAGAGACAGUGCAAGUAGAGCAAGAUGAUGAGGACUUUUUAUAUAGACCAGGCGCGAUCAUAUAUGCGCCCCUGAAUACGACAUUACCUGGUAUAGAAACAACAUCAUUUGCAUUAUUUGAUGGGGAUGAGGAAGACGAGGAUGAUGAGGAGGAGGAAGAGGAAGACGAGGAGGAGGAAGACGACAACGACAACAUAUCCAUUAAAACGAUUGAAAGCAACCACACAACCUUAUUCGAACCUACAUCGGAUCUAGAGCCCAAAAUCAUACUACAAGAUCAGGACAAAAUCAAAGAGACCCACAAUGGUGCUGCCAGUAGUGCUCUAGUGGCGAGUAGCAGUAACUUGCUAUCCAAACUCUCGAAAUCGACUGCUCCAAUGCGAGCCAAAUUGUCCACCUUGUCCCGAAGCAAAACGAAUCUAGAUCAUCUAUGGACGAGUUCUUCCACCACUUUAAGUUUGCCCCUAAGAAAAUCAGCCGAAAGCGUGCAUCAAAUGUCUCUUUCUAGAAAGAAACGAAAAGAGCGAAAAAAGAGCGAACGAUCGCAAUCCUUCUCCUUUGACUCACCAACAUCGCCGAGUGCAACAUUGACAACAAAUAGCAGCAUUUAUCCCGCCUUACUAUCCAAAAUUGCUCAUGUUUUCAAGGAGAAUAUGGUGGUUGGUACAAAGACCAAGGACAGCAUCCAGUACCAUGAUGUGUUUGAUGGCAGAGAAGCGGUUAGUAUGCUGGCUUCUAUCAUAAGAACGUCGGAUCGAAAUCUGGCCAUCUUGGUUGGAAGAGCCUUGGACGAUCAAAAAUUGUUUCAUGAUGUCAACUAUGAGCAUCGAUUGCGAGAUUCAGUGCAUGAACUGUACAAGUUCAAGGAGCAUCAGGUUGUGACCAAGCCUUCCAGUAAGCGAAAACUAUCCGCCGAUUCAGAUACAGUUGCCAUGGUUACAGACAUCACAUCAGGCGAGGACAACCCUCCUCCUAUUCAUAAAAAAGAAGACGACAUGCCGAAUGGCGUUUUUACUCUGUUAACAGAUUGCUAUUCAUCGACAUGUACUAUUGAAAGCGCCUGCUACAGCGUACUCUGCCCUCGCCGAUUCAAUCAGAGUCAAAAUUCACUGUAUGAAGAGAAUGAAGAUAGGCUUUGGAUCAACACCGUUUCAAAAUCGAUAUCAACCAGUCUUUCCACCAAAGAAAAGCGACGACAAGAAAAUAUAUACGAAUUGAUUUACACUGAAAAGGAUUUUGUUGAGGACCUGCUUUAUGUGGAAAAGAGCUGGAUCAAGCCAUUGUUAACCAAUGAUUUCAUCAUACCCGCAGAUCGAAGAGAUGCCUUUGUAAACGAAUUGUUUUGGAAUUUACCAGAGAUUCGAGAAAACAAUGCUUUACUGCUAGCAGAUCUUCUUCAACGGCAGCAAGAGCAUAUGAUAGUGUACAAGAUUGGAGACGUGUUUCUAAAGCAUGUGUCCAAUCUAUUUGAACACUUUAUUGAAUAUGGUUCUCAUCAAAUUAUCAGUAAAUAUAAAUUGGAAACGGAAAGAUUAGCCAACGCUGCAUUUGCCGAGUUUGUUCAGACAACAGAACGAGCCCCAGCCUCUCGAAAACUGGAACUGAAUGGAUAUCUGACAAAGCCAACAACUCGAUUAGGAAGAUAUAAUCUACUAUUGCGAGAGAUACUGAAAAAUACCCCUGAAAAUCAUCCAGACUGUGAAACCAUACCCAAAGCAAUGAAACUAAUCCAGCAAUUUCUCCAGCGAGUGAAUGAAGAAUCUGGAAAGACUGAAAACAGGUUUGGCUUGGAAAUGCUGGAAAAGAAGCUUACAUUCAACAAAAAGCAUAUGCUCACACAGGAGAUUGACGAUCUAGAUCUGCUAUUCAAGGAACGUAAGAUCAUACUCAAAGGACCAUUGAAGAGAAAAAGCACCACGGGCAAUGCAGCUUCUGAAUCGUCCGAAUUGCAGGUGUAUGUGCUGGAUCAUUGUUUGCUGCUCAUCAAAUCAAAAUUCUUUGAUGGCGCAGAAGUAUACAAAUUGUACAAAAAGCCUAUACCACUGGCAUUACUAGCAAUUGCGUUACCGGAUCAGACAAGAAGAUCAAGCUCGAUCCUUCCUUAUAAUCGAUCCAGCACUGGAUCAUUCUACUCGACAGGAGGUAGCUCAGACGUUCUGCCGUCACCUCUGCUUUCCUACUCGUCCUCCACCUCUAUUGCAAACAGCAACGUCAAUGGAAAAAGCGGAUACCCCAUCAGCUUCAUACAUUUGGGCAGACACGGCUCAGGCACCACCACAUUGUAUGCACCCACACUAGCAAGUCGCAAGAAAUGGGUGGAUACCAUUGAGAAAUACCGGCGAUCCGUCAUGGAGAAGCUCAAGGUGUUCCAGAUGACAGGCAUCAGCGAUCAGUUCUUUAACACGUUCAACAAAGUUCACUGUGCGGUUGUGCAUGCAUCGUAUCUCAUCUUUGGAUGUGACCAUGGUGUGUAUCUCAAAAAGCCUUUUACUACAACGCAUGCUACCUCCUUGGACAACGACGAGGACGACGAUACAGAAGGCAUUGUCAAGAUACUCUCACUGGAAAAGGUUUCUCAGAUUGAUAUUCUCAAGGGCUCUCGACUGCUGUUGAUUUUGGCAGACAAGAUACUCUACACGUGCUCAUUGGAUGCACUGUUCGACGAGAACAACUGCAUUUUCAUGGAAAGCAUCAUAGCGUCCUCUCCCUCUGUAUCUUCACCAUCCUCGUACAAAAUGAGAAGCAUCCGUGAGCACAGUUUUGGUGGCAGCGUCAGUUCAAACAGCACUGAGAGUCGUGCUACCAACAACAGCAGCAACAGUAGUAAUAGCAGCAGCAGCGCAUUUGUCAAGAGGCCUAAAAGGAUGAUUCAGCACAUGCGAAAGAUUGGAAACAAUGUGUCCUUUUUCAAGGUGGGCCAAGUGUAUGAUAAAUCAACAGCGGGUAAGCCUGUAGAACGCACUUUGGUGUGCUUUGUCAAAUACAAUGCCAUGACAUCCACCAUUCGAGCUCUGGAGCCAUGCGACGAGAAGGGAUCUGAUAGUAAAAAGAAAAAGAAAAAGAAGAACAGCAAUAAGCCUAGUUUGGGGCUGUUUAUCAGACACUCCAACGAGACAUUGCGAGGAUUUAAAGAUCUGUAUAUACCUGGGGAAGCUACCUCAAUUCAGUAUUUCAAAAAUGUGAUUUGUGUGGGCAGUGCCAAGGGAUUUCAGAUGGUCGAUAUUGGUUCGGCUGGUGUACAGAGCGUCCUUGAUCCAAGCGAUGAGAACCACAACUUUAUUAGCCAAAGAGAGACAUUACGGCCUGUAUCCAUGUUUAGACACCCAGACGGCUGUAUUAUGCUUUGUUACAACGAAAUUGCAUUUUACAUUGAUAAGAAGGGACGUCGGAUAAGGCCAGACUGGAUCAUCAACUGGGAAGGGCAUCCAACCGCCUUUGCUUUCUGCUAUCCCUAUAUCGUUGCAUUUGACUCUAGUUUUAUAGAGAUUCGCCAUGUUAAUUCAGGAGAUUUGACCCAGAUUAUCACAGGACACAACAUACGAUGUCUUCGAUUAGAGCCCACUGACAUUAUAUACUUUGUCAUGGAGGAUAAACGAACUGGCAACGAGAUGAUUUUCAGCCUUGAAAAAUAA